AAGGCUGGAUGAUUAUUUCCAUUAUCUAAAAAUCAGUUGAGCAUCCCAACCCCACGCAUCCCCCGCGGAGGCUCGGCGACGGGCGGCUGCGACGGUGCCGGUGCACCUUGCUCCGCCUCCACAUCCACAAGCAGGCACUGCUUGGUGCACACGCAGAUGGCGCCUCCGAUUAUAGCAGGCUCGGCGCCGGCGUCUCCCUCGAUCACCUGCUGCUGCUGGCAGAAACCGCCGGUGUAGCGCAGUCCAAUGCAGAGGGGAACGCAGACCCAGGUCUUGCCGAAGCAGGGAGCCCAGGCGAUCGGCGUUUCGCAUGUGUUCAACGGCGCUAUUCCUUCCGCUUCUGCUUCUUCUGCUCCAGCUGCGACUGCGACUGCAACCACCGGCGAUGGAGACGGCGGCCACCACAGCGUUCUGCUUGCUGGACGACGCCAUGGUCGUAUGAACAGGAGUGCUGCGUAUCUGAUGGCUGAUGGUGAUGCUCGAAGAAGGUGUGUGUGUUCUGUACUUAUUGAAGGGUGGUGGCCUGCAUUAGACAGUUCUGUAUCCUAGAUAGAUUUGGGAAUACUAGUAUUUGAAUUUUCGAGAUCGAUAUGGAUAUCCAAAUAUCAGACGCCAUUUUAUUCAAAAUAAUCAACUGAUAGGUUUGGAAAUACUAAUAUUUGAAAUUUCUAGAUGGAUAUGGAUUAUAUCCAA